AUGGCACACAUUUCACAACUUGUAUAUUUAGUUAUUCGGUAUAUCAAAGACAAAAUUAUUCGUGAAGACUUUAUUGGUUUUAUUAAUGUCCAUAGAGAAAAUUUUAAUUCAAAUGAUGACGAGCCAAAAAUGAGUGGAACUUUAAUUGGUGAUACAGUUUUAAAUAUUCUUAAAAAAUGUUCACUAAAUCUAGAUAAUUGUAUUGGUAUAUCUACUGAUAGUUGUGCUACAAUGGUUGGUUUAGAACGAGGAGCUGUUACAACUUUACAAAAUGAUUUAAAAUUUGCUGUCAAGUGCCCAUGUUUUAACCAUGCACUAAAUAAUUCUUUGAUAAAAGGAUGUAAAGUACAGAGUAUCCAAAACACAUUUGGAACUAUUUCUGAAGUUGUAGCAUUUUUCAAUUCAUCUGCUAAACGCACUUUUGUUUUGAAUAAAUAUUUGGGACAUUCUUUGUAUUCACUAUGUCAAACUAGAUGGGCAGAAAAACAUGACUUCAUACUUCAGUUUUCUACAUCUUUGGUAAAAAUUGUAAAAUCAUUGGAUUGUAUUUCUGAGUGGUCUGACACUGUAACAUCUUCAAAAGCUCAUAAUCUUUCAAAGUCCUUAACAUGCUGUGAAUUUAUUGUAUCUUUGCAUUCAAUAUCUAAUAUAUUUUCUGUUACUUCACCCAUUAGUCGCUAA